CUAUCACUAUGUGUCUAGUCAGUAGUCACUAUCACAAUGUGUCUAGUCACUAUCUCAGACCUCAGUCGUGUGAGCUGUUGAUCAUAUUUCAAUCGUUACACUUUAGUCUGGUUAUUUGACAUCUAUAGACUUUUGUUGAAAAGUUUCAGAGUAACUUUUACUCUAUACGACUAUACUGUUUUAGUUUGUAGACUGUGCACUAUUUUAAAUAUUUAACGACCAUAAUUCAUAAAAUCAAUACUGAUCCAUGUAUUGCAUGUUAUUAAACCAAGAUCAAAAUGGUUAAACAAAUUAGUGAAGUAUUAGAUACUUGUCAGAAAGUAAUGAGACAAUCUAAAGAUGUGAAAAUUAUUUCAUCAAACAUUCCAAAAUUGGCUCUAAAGAUUUACACAUUAAUUGAAGAAGACAAAUUAACUCUUGAUGAGUUUAAAAAAUGUCCAUUGCAUCCAAAAAAUGAAGACGAAGAAGCAAUUAAUUGGAUAUUUGUUGUUGAUUCUUUAAACUAUUGUUUUUUUGAUCCAAAUAAUAAAUCACAUUGGAGUGUUACUUGGAAAAAUGAAAAACACACAGGCUAUUUUGGUUUGUGUGCUGCAAUCAAUAGAGCUAUAGAAAAAGGGAUAAAAAUGACUGAUAUGAAAACUUGUUUGGAAUUAACAAGGGAGCAAUUGGAUGAAAUACUUUUAGGAGAUGAUGGGACAACUCUUCCACUAUUACAAGAAAGGUAUUUGUGUUUACAAGAAUCUGCAUCUGUUUUACUAAAAAAAUAUAAUGGAAACUUUGUGAACUGUAUAUUAGAAGCAAAUAAUUCUGCUCAGGACUUAUUAAAAAUCAUUUCUAAAAAUUUUUUUUAUUUCCGAGAUGAAUCCACUUAUAACGACCAAAAAGUUGCUAUUUAUAAAAGAGCUCAAAUUUUGAUUGCUGACAUUUGGUCAUCAUUCAGGGGUUCUGGUUACGGCGAAUUUCGAGACAUAGAUAGUUUAACCAUGUUUGCAGAUUAUAGAGUCCCUCAAGUUCUAUUAUACUUUGGUGUUUUGGAGUAUUCAGAUAAAUUAAAAGACACUCUGCAACAAGGUAUUCUUCUUAAGCAUGGAGCACCAGAAGAAGUGGAAAUUAGAGCAGCUUCUAUUGUAGCAGUUGACGAUGUUGUAAAUGAGGUGAAGAAAUUAAUGGCAAAAAAUAAUAUACAUAAGAUUUGCAAUUCUAUUAUGGUUGAUACUUAUUUAUGGGGUUACCGGAGGGAAAAUGCUGCAAUUUUGGAAGACACGCCAUAUCACAAGACAUUAAAUAUUUAUUAUUAAAAUUACGUAGUAUGGAUUGAGUAAAUGAUUUAUGAAAAUAUUGUACAUCUUCAUUUUUUUAAGACUAAAAAUUAUUUGGACUUUCGAUGUUUUAUAAAUUGCAUAAUAUUUUAAUCAAUGCCAUCAAGUUUUGCAAAUUUGUUAUGUCACUAGUAAUUGUUUUUUAGUUGCAUUACUAUAAAUCUAAAAAUAGAAAUGAAAUCAUAAUUGCUUCAGAAUUAGGCAUGUCAUUUUAUUUUGGUUUGUUAUUUUUGGCAAUAAAUACCGGUGUAUUUAUUUUAUUAAAGUUCUACCGUAGAAGGUAGAACAUUGAACAAUACUAUUAGA